GUGCGGCCCCAUGUUUUUUUCUCUUGACAAUAGUGACUGAUUCAUUCUUCGUAUCUGUUUGUUUCUACUGUGAUUACGAUGGCUACCACUUGAUGCAUGAACAGAUUUGGUUAAAGUCAUGACCGUAAAAUGAAUUUACGGAAUCUAUUUCAGGAUUUCAACCCUAGCAAAUUCCUUGUGUUUUCCUGCCUACUGUUAUUUUCAUUCUUGUUUGCUCUAAGAUUAGACAAUACAAUUGAAUGGAGUUAUUGGGUGAUAUUUUUACCGAUAUGGAUCUGGAAGAUUGUGGUUAUGGCGGGUGCAGGUGUUGGCAGUUAUAUUUGGUGGAAAAAUCCACAAUGCAGACUAGAAGGCAAUGGUUAUGUCCAGUAUAAAGCUAUGGUGAUAUGUACUGGACUGCACCUACUAUUGCUGAUGUUCGAAAUAUUAGCCUGUGAUAACCUAGAGACUGAGCACCAUUCGUGGAUACUUGUAUUUAUACCUUUAAUGUUUAUGUCAGUUGUAUCCAUUGGUAUUUGUGUAUGGGCUGUCAAAAAUGAACGCUCUUUUGAGAUGGAGCUGUUUUGUUCUGUAAAUAUUCUACAAUUUAUAUUUCUGUCUCUAAGAUUAGAUAAAGUCAUCCAAUGGAGCUGGGUGAUUGUUUUCAUUCCAAUUUGGAUUUUGAUGUGUACAGCCAUGAUAGGAGUACUAUAUGCUAUUAUUCUAGCCAUUAUAUUAAUCAAAUCGCCAGACAUUAUUCCACAACAAAGACGUGGAAACAUUUCAUCUGCCAUAGGUUAUUCAUUAAUGGUAGUACCAUUACUUGUUUUUGAGGUACUAUUAGCCAAUCGUUUAGACGGUGACAAUCAUUUUAAAUAUACUGCCAUUACAGUGCCAUUGUUUAUAUCUCUCGUAACAUUGAUAUGUCUCUCAUUUGGUGCUAAGGGAGGUAACCAAUGGUGGUUUGGAAUCAGGAAAGACUUCUGUCAGUUUCUAUUAGGAAUUUGUCCAUUACUGCAAGAGUAUGGAAAUAUUUCAUAUACAAUUCAUAAAGACAAUAAUUUCACAGUGGAAUCACGACCCCCACCACCAGACAAGGCAGAUAAAUUACCACAUAAAAAAUACAUACAUGAUGAGCAACCCAAACCAAUAGUACCUGUGAUAUCUAUUGAAACACCAGACUGAAAAUCAAAUCAUUUUAUGUAUAUUCUUGUUUUCUAUGUAAUUAUGGCAGGCUAGUCAUAGAUAUUGCUUUUCACUUUUUACCGGUGUCUAAAAAGUCCACCAUAAGUUCUGUUAUUUUGCUGUGUGAAGAGCAAUUGUAAAUUUACAUGUAUGUCGGAGUUACAUAAUGGUCUCAAUAGGGUUUACAAAAUGGAGGGCUAAAAAAAUGUAGAAUACAGAAAAGAGACCCAAAAUGUAAAAAUGUAAACAGUAGAGAAUAUUAAAUGGAAAAAACAGAAUGAAAUAAUGAAAAAUUGUCUUUAAAAUUAAAAUAAAGAAAUUGAAACACCCCAUUCAGACCCUCUGACAUGGCAUAUUGUUCUAUUUGCAUCUUCACAUCUGUUGUUAUUGAUGCCUUACUAUCUCAGCCAUGCCUCAUUGACUUUGUAGAAGUACAGACGAGACAUACUUGUGAGUCCACAGAGUAAGUUAGCAUAUAUAUAUAAAAUACAGGGUUAUAAAAACAAUUAAGGAAUUCCCUUUUUGCUUUUAGUCAUGUUCAUUAAAGGAAUAAAAUUAUGAAACUCGUUUACUGAUUUUGUAUACUGUCGAUUCAUUAAUAUUUCAGUGAAGCCAAUUUCAGAACUUUCAUGAAUAUGGGGAAACCAUGAAUUUGAAUACUAAUUAUUGCAGUAUCUCCUUUUUUUAUAGACACAUCCCCUUUUCUAGAGUAUUUUAUGUCAAUUUGUUUCCAUGACUUGUAUACUGUUGAUUCAUUUAUAUUCUUGUGAUUUCAUGUAUGUUUGGAAACCAUGAAUUGAAAUACAGUAAACCAACUAAUUAUUCAAUGCUGAAUUUUUUUUGGUACAUCCCCUUUUCAAGCUUAUUUUACUGUGGUGUAUCUAUGUAAGAAAAAAUAUCAAAGUUUGACAAACUCAUGACGAUUUAUAUUUAUCUUAUUUAUUUUUGUUUGUCAGAAAUUUGUAUAUAAUUGGAAUAAGGGAGAUAACUCUAUCCACAAUAUUGUCUGGAUAUAUUUCUUUGAUAACAUAUCCAAUUUGUAAUUUAGAUUUCAAUUUUGCUUAUUGACAGCAAUAUUCUGCAACUAAAUGCUAGCACACACUUUGAUUAUUUUCAAUAUUUCUGAUUGUUUUAAAUGGUCCACUAAAAAGAUGAAAAGAUUCUUAACUCUUACCUAAAUAGUACAAUAGCAUAAGCUUGUCUUGUUUUUUUGUUUUGAGCUAUAAAAAGAGCCAUUUUAUCAGAAAAAUGAUGUUAAAAAGAUGAAGUGUUCAAGAAAUAUAGUUCAAACAUAAAUUUCAA